GUCCAACCAAUGGGCUCUUGGCCAAGUAGUGGGAGCUCUGGGUGUCCGGCUCCUCCCAUUUAGGAUUAGCGUUACGUAGGCCUGGGCGUUGGGGAUUGGGCGGCCCUCCUUCCCCGCCUGAGGCGAGGCGGGACAGUUGUUGCUGAGCCACCUGCAGUCCCAGGCUGUAGCAGGGACCGUGGGCGUUCUGAGUUCUCAACCCCCGUUUCAUUUUCUGUCUCCGGGUGCAUACCUUAAUGUGAGGUGAUUCCUAAGCAGCUGGGAACCUGAGGCUGUAAAAGGGGCUGCAGGAAAUGGACUGCAGUGUAAAAUCCAGAAGCAGAACUGGAAGGUUUAACCACUGACCCAUUUCACAGGUACUAUAUAGCACAUUUUAUUUGCCAUUCUCUUUUUGAUGGACAUUCGUUGUUCCCAGUUUUUCAACUUAUAGACAAUGCUGCAGGUAAAUUCUGAAUGUCUCAUGCAUCCAUGGACCAAAAGAUGGAGUUGGUUUUUAUUUUUAAAAAUAGAUUAUCAGUGAUAUGAUAUGACUGUAAAUACUCGAUGAAGUUGCAUGGACUCAUCAUCAGGACUGCAAAUUUCAUAGAGACCAUAGUUGGAUUCCAGUUAUAUUCUUCAAUCAAAGUGAUUCAAUCCUUUGAUAAAGUUAAUUUUGAAGAGUUUUAUGUUUAUGAACGACGCCAAAAGAUGGGAGAAAAAAAUGGCAUCGGUCCAGAGUGUCAACAGGGAAGCAACACCUCUUCUGAGCCUGCAGUGGUGGCAGCAUCCCUAAUUAGCCAGAGAGUCCCUUUGGGUGAUGCAAAAACUUUCUGGAUGGAGCUGGAAGAUGAUGGAAAAGUGGAUUUCAUAUUUGAACAAGUGCAAAAUGUGCUGCAAUCACUGAAACAAAAGAUCAAAGAUGGGUCUGCCACAAAUAAAGAAUAUGUCCAAGCGAUGAUUCUCGUGAAUGAAGCAACCAUAAAUAACAGUUCAACAUUGAUAAAGGAUCAUACAUCUGUGACCCAGAAUGAACAGGAAAACAAAUCAGGUUCAUUGCCCUCUACAUCAUAUGAAGACUCCUUUCCAGAAGCCUGUACAUUUCUGUCCACAAAAAAUAAGGAAAUUCCUCCUUGGGCAAAUAAGGUUCCAUACAUCAGAGAAAAGAAAUCAUCUUUGAAUCUAUCUUACCGAAGUCAUGAUUGCUCUCGAACUUGUCUAAUCAAAGUACCACUAACCUUCAAGGGAGAAAACCCUCUGCAGCUACCCAUCAAAUGCCAUUUCCAAAGACGACAUGCAAAGACAAACUCUCAUUCUUCAGCGCUGCAUGUGAGUUAUAAAACCCCUUGUGGAAGGAGUCUACGAAACGUCGAAGAAGUUUUUCGUUACCUGCUUGAGACAGAGUGUAACUUUUUGUUUACAGAUAACUUUUCUUUCAAUACCUAUGUUCAGUUGACUCGGAAUUACCCAAAACAAGAAGAAAUUGUUUCUGAUAUGGAUAUUAGCAAUGGAGUGGAAUCGGUACCCAUUUCCUUCUGUAAUGAGAUUGACAAUAGAAAGCUUCCACAGUUUAAGUACAGAAGGACUAUGUGGCCACGUGCAUAUUACCUAAACAGCUUUACCAACAUGCUUACUGAUUCAUGUGACUGUUCUGAGGGCUGCAUAGACAUAACAAAAUGUGCAUGUCUUCAACUGACCGCAAGGAAUGCCAGGACUUGCCCCUUGUCAAGUAAUAAAAUAACCACUGGAUAUAAAUAUAAAAGACUACAGAGACAAAUACCUACUGGCAUUUAUGAAUGCAGCCUGUUAUGCAAGUGUAAUCGGCGAAUGUGUCAAAACCGAGUUGUCCAGCAUGGACCUCAAGUGAGGCUACAGGUGUUCAAAACUGAGAAGAAGGGAUGGGGAGUACGCUGCCUAGAUGACAUUGACAGAGGGACAUUUGUUUGCAUUUAUUCAGGAAGAUUACUAAGCAGAUCUAACACUGAGAAACCUAAUGCUAUUGGUGAAAAUGGAAAAGAAGAGAAUAUUAUGAAAAAUAUGUUUUCAAAAAAGAGGAAAAUAGAAGCUGCAGAUUGUGAGGUUGAAGUUAUCCCAUUAGAACUGGAAACACACAAAAGUGCUGAGACUGAGGAAUAUCUGCCUACGUUCAGUAAUAAUUUAAAAGAGCCUGUUAUAGAAAUGAAAUGUAACAAUAUUUCAAGAAUUCAAUAUCAUUCAGUCAUUAGAAGUCCUAAAGUGAAGACAGCCAUUAUUCAACGCAAUGGGAAAAGGAUGGGAUUUGCUUCCUCAGAGUCUGUCAUCUCAGAAGAUAAUGAUGGAUUUAAACCAACCCAAGUACCUCUGAACUCCAAAGCCGAGGAAAUGAAAAAGGAUUCAAGCUCCUACCAAGUUAAAGACUUUGAAGACAAUCUGCUGAUUGAAUCAGAAGUGAUAGAUAUAACUAAAUGUAGAGAAGAGACUCCAUCAGGAGGCAGAUGUAACCAAGCAACCACAUUGGAUAAACUGAAUAUUACAAAGGAGCUCAAGGCUCAAAUGCAAAAGCCCCAAGGAGAAACUCCAGCAUAUCAAAAUCAUCAAGUCUUUUGUGAAAAAGAGUUCCCAAGUGAAACCAAAAAUAUUUCACCUGAUUCUCUAAAGAAGUUCAAUAAAGGGAACAUGUUUUUAUUGGAUGCCACAAAAGAAGGGAAUGUGGGCCGCUUCCUUAACCAUAGUUGUUGCCCAAAUCUUUUGGUACAGAAUGUUUUUGUAGAAACACGUGACAGAAACUUUCCAUUGGUGGCAUUCUUCACCAACAGGUAUGUGAAAGCAAGAACAGAACUAACAUGGGAUUAUGGGUAUGAAGCUGGGACUAUGCCUGAGAAAGAAAUCCUCUGCCAAUGUGGGGUUAAUAAGUGUAGAAAGAAAAUAUUAUAAAUCUGUAGCUAAUGCCUGUUGAUGAGAUUAGCUUUUCAUGCUGUAAUUAGAGCCAUGUAAGAGAACCUUCAGUCAUCAGUGGAAUUAACUUAGAUUGUGAUCCAUCAAGAGAAUUCUUUUCAGUUUACACUUGUCAGGGAAUUCAUUUGUAUGACUUAGAAUGCUAGGAACAAAAUAAGGACAUUUUCAUACACGUAGGCUCUUUAUCCUUUCUGCUGUUCAACUUUACAUGAGUGGGAUGGAAGUGUAUAUUUUAUAUAAAAUACCAUUAUACAGUUUGUAACUUAUUUGUAAAUUAUGUAUUAAGAGAAACAAAUGUUACAACAGAAUUCAGUUCUUACUUACUUUUGUGAUUAUUAUCUUUGAGCUUAUGCCCUCAAAGGGCCAAAUUUCACAUUUUCACCUACAAAAAUCUAUGUUUAAUUCUUGGCAAGUAAUUUACCAUUAUGAGCCAUAAGGUGGGCAACAUAACCUGAGGAAUAGGUAAGAACUAACUUUACACAUUUUAUUUCCAAGUAUUUUAACAGUAGUUGGAGAAUCUCUGGCUGCAUGCAACUCUGUCUCAUCAAACCAUUUGAGUGCUAAGAGGGAGGGUUUUGGCACUCUUUGAGAUGGAACUUCUGUUCUUACUAUUCCAGUUUCAACACAGACAAGAAAAGAGGGAAUAGAAACCUGGAGGAAUUGGAAUAUUUUUGUUCUAGGUAAAGGAGAGCCAUAAGAGAAGAAUACUUAGAAACUAGUCAGACUUGGCUUACUUAGGCCCUCUAGAAGGGAUUGUGCUGGACAAGAGUUUUCACUUACCAAAACAAAACAAAGCAAUUUCACUGAGUUUGUAAAGUCUGGAACAGCUUCUUGGAUUCUCCUUGAUGUGUAAGUUGCUUUUGUAGAGAAAAAAGGAGUUACACUCAGCUAUAGGUUACCCGGCCCUGAUUAUGGAGUGGAAAAGGGACUGGGAAUCUCCAAGCAUCAAAACUGAUUUUAUCCAUAACAAAGUUGUACAUUUGGCUGCCAGGAACUUCCCCCUUGGAACCCGAAGAGGAAUACUGGCUCAAAAAGAAAUAAUUGAAAGUAGUUCUGGCUUUUGAGAGGUUUUAGAUUUAUUUUUUUUUUUCCUAUACUCGUUUCUGGGUUUAGUUUGGUUACUGUUCAAAUAAAACCCUAUUCUAAG